GUUCCAGUCAUUGCUUUAAGAAACGGACUAUAAAAGCUUAUAAGCCGUUGGCGUAAACAAAAAACCAAAGAAUCAUGUUGCUCUGGUUAGUAUUGAUCCUGGGUUUGGCAGUAGCGAGUAGUGCACCAGAUAGCGACCUUACUCCCAUGGUGGAAAAGUAUCGACCACGCUAUACUCUGAUGGCCGAGUCAAAGAAUAAGGACAGUGAUGAUAAACUAGAACCUGAGAAAGCAUUGGGCCCGCAGCAGCCCUGGCGACGGUUAUCCUCCUUUGGACAUAAUAGUCCAUGGCCACUAAACGGACUGGUCGCCUUGCCAACCGCGACAAUUCUAGCCCCUCUGCUUGGGCCAGGACUUCUCCUUGUGGGCAUUAAUCUUGGGGCUCUACUCUACAUGCUCCUGUCGUUACUAGGACUAAGUCCAAACAGAAAUCUAAAUGAUUUCUAUAGACAGAAUUUAGUUGAAGGUAAUGGCAAGGAAUCGGACGUAUAUUUGUAGUAAUGGUGCGUAUCGCAUAAGAAAUACAUAGAGAAAUAUAUUUAGAUAAUAAAGCAAAUAAAAA